AUGUCAGAGCUGAAUAAAGAAGACAUUCUGGGACUUUGGUGCCUGCGGUCCUUGCUUCACGAGCUUAAGGCAAACUUGUUUGCCGCACUGGCCCGGGGUGAGAAGUGCGUGCUGAAGCUCGUGGCCGGGCCAUUGGACGCACCUCCCGUUGACGGCGCCUGCUCCGCCGUGGUCAGAGCAUGCCAUGAACACCUGCAGAUCUGCAAGCUGGAGACGGAUGGCCUCAAAGACCUGCCCAUGUACAUGUCGCCAGUCAUCCCUAUGACGGCAGAGGAGUUUGAUGGCUCUGAGUUAGACACCUUCUUCCGCAAGGUUGGUAUAGGCUAUGACGUGCUUUUGUUCUUGGACUCCAUCGCGGAAGUAAUGAAUUUGUCAGACCAAAGCCAGUCAGAUCCGGCUUUUGCAGCACGAAUUGAUGUUAUUCAGGUGACAUGCCCGCCGCCAACUACAGCGGCUGCUACGCCGACGGCUGGCUCCUGCGGCUUGCGUGUGAGUUGGGCAGCCUUUGAGCUGCUGGAGAUGCUGGGAGUGCUCGCCUCCAGGUAUGGUCCGUCUCUCUUCCUUGGUGACAUCGAUGGCACGGGUGGUGAGGAAAUGGCCAUGAAACAGGCGCUCAGCUUGGCGGCCAAGGCCAUGAAGAUCCUGACCGAAGAUCUAGACCCCAAGCUCGAGAACAAGCUCUGGAACCAGACGGACAGGGACCUCGCUUUCGCCAUCGAGGCAGCAGAGACACCGGAGGAGGUCCUCUUGAGAGGCAUGGUGAGCAGCUUGAAGGAGCAGAACGAUCUCCAGCGCAGCGAGAUCGCCGCCCUGAGAUGCCCAACAAAGCAGCUGGUGGAAGCAGAGGCACAAACGGAUGCUGAUGCAGCAGCAGGCACAGCAUCAGCACACUCGGCUACUGUCGACACCUGUGAGGCCCAACAAAUGCAACUCGACAUGUUGCACCAGGAGGUUGGCGACAAAAGCCGUGAGCUGCGCCGCUCACAAGACACCGUCAAGUUGUUGCGCUCGGAGCUGGAGCAGCAGCGGCAGGUCUCCGAGCAGUACCGCUUGCAAACGGAAAUGCUGGAGGAGGAGCUGCGGCGAACGACCGAUCGCCUAAAGAAGCUGGAGAAAGCAUCUGCAGAGGCGAGGCACACGACCUCGCAGCAUCUUCCCGAAAUGCCUUCGUCCUCAUUGCCGAAGUCAUGGAAGGGCGCAACUUCAAGCAGAUGUUUCUCGGAUGAGGACACCGAGGACAGCCCAGAGGAGCAAGAAAG